CCUUUUUGCAAAUCCCCAAUCCAUCCUCUGCUGUACAUUUCUGUAGAAAGCCGACAAUCGAGGAACCAGCCGUUUCUAAACGAAACCUUGGAUCGAUUCGACUAAGAAAUGGGCCUUCAAAGGAACUAUCAUCGGCCGAGUUCAUUCCAGUGAUGAUUCGGGCCCUAAAUUGGUCCCGCAAGUACAAAAACACCGUAAUGGGUAUCAAUUGCUUCAAGAAUGCUUGCUGCUAACUCUAAAUUUUAUAUUCGCGUUAGAAAAUAAAGAGUUAAUUAUGAGAAGCUCGUGGAAUCUGAAUGGUAGAUGCUUGUAUCCAUCUCUGAAAUGGGUUUGACUGGCGUUGGGUGUGGCAGCCUCGUUUCCUAUGUCAUUGGCCUGUUGUAUUCCCGUGGCUGAAGGUGUUUACUGUAUAGCAUGUGCUCGUUGGUUGUGGUUGAAGUUUCUCUAUAAUGCUGGCCAUGAAAGUGAAAACUGGAGCCUAGCCACGACCGAGGAAUUCGAACCUAUUCCUCGCUAUUGUCGAUUAAUUCUAUCGGUCUAUGAAGAUGAUCUCCGGAACCCCCUAUGGGCUCCUCCAUGUGGUUAUGGUAUUAAUCCAGAUUGGGUGCUACUACGAAAGGAUUACGAAGAAACUCUCGGUCGUGUUUCGCCAUAUAUGAUUUACCUCGAUCAUGAUCACGGCGAUGUAGUCUUGGGAGUUAGAGGACUUAAUUUGGCAAAAGAAAGUGACUAUGCAGUCCUGCUAGAUAACAAACUUGGGCAGACUAAGUUUUGUGGUGGAUAUGUGCACAAUGGUCUCUUGAAGGCAGCUAUAUGGAUUUUUGAAUCAGAAUGUGAGGUAUUAAGGGAACUGGUUGAGAAGAAUCCAGGUUACACCUUGACAUUUGUUGGCCAUUCCCUAGGGGCCGGAGUCGUGGCAUUGUUGACGAUAAUCGCACUGCAGAAACAGGAUAGAUUGGGGAACAUUCAGAGGAAGAGGCUCAGAUGCUUCGCUAUCGCUCCGCCUCGGUGUAUGUCACUAAAUUUGGCCGUGAGAUACGCCGAUGUGAUCAACUCUGUAGUACUCCAGGACGAUUUCUUACCUCGGACUACUACCGCUUUGGAAGACGUAUUCAAGUCACUUGUCUGCCUACCAUGUUUAUUAUGCGUGAUGUGCUUGAAGGAUACCUGCACAAUGGAGGAGAAGAUGCUUAAGGAUCCACGACGUCUUUAUGCUCCCGGGCGUCUGUAUCACAUUGUCGAGCGAAAACCGUUUAGGAUAGGAAGAUUUCCUCCGGAAGUAAAGACAGCAGUGCCUGUAGAUAAGAGGUUUGAGCAUUUAGUUCUUUCUUGCAACGCUACUUCAGACCAUGCUAUCAUCUGGAUAGAAAGAGAGUCUCAGAAGGCUCUUGAUAUCAUGAUGGAGAAUGAUAAAGCCUUAGAAAUCCCAGUGCAGCAGAGGAUGCAACGGCAGGCUUCAGUAGAACGAGGACACGGCGAAGAGUACAAGGCAGCUCUCGAGCGAGCUGCUGCGUUGGAAAUCCCUGAUGAAAACAUACCAAUCUCCUAUGGAACAUUCACUGAAAUGGAAGAAGGUGAGAAUUCUAGGCAAUCAAUCGAAGAUGCGUCGGUUGCCUCAUCGACAAAACGAAGGGAUCGUUGGGAUAAGUUCAUAAAACGGUUUUUCGAUGAGGAUCAGUCGGGUCGAAUGGUGUUCAAAAAAUUAUGAGGCUUACUGAAUUCUCAUGGGGAAGUAGGAACUGGAAGUAGCAUUCUUUUUAGUGUAAAAAGAGUAGAGAUUUAGUAGAUAGCUCAUUUGUUUCAA